UAACGUGAUUGGUUGGGUUGCGGGCUGGGGAUCAUGGCGAGAAGGAUGAGCGAAGCAGGGGAGGUUGAGUCUCUGUCUGCGAAUGUAAUGGCUGAGGACGACCCCAACUUCAACCACCAAACCCAAGAGGACAUUGACCGGGAUACUGGGCCCCGGUGGGGUCCCCAGCAUGCCGGAGCCCAAGAGUUGGCGGAACUUUAUUCCCCCGGUAAAAGAUUGCAAGAGUGGAUUUCUGUUAUCCUCUGCUUCUCGCUGAUGAUUCUUAAUUUCUGCCACCUUACUAUCAACUUUAAUAUAAUAUACACACCAACUAUUAUUUUGGGGAUCUUGCUUGGUGUCAUCACUGCAGAUUUUGUGUCAGGAUUGGUGCAUUGGGGUGCUGACACAUGGGGGUCUGUUCAUCUGCCCAUCGUUGGAAAGGCUUUCAUCAGGCCUUUCCGUGAGCAUCACAUUGAUCCCACUGCCAUUACCAGGCAUGAUAUCAUUGAAACAAAUGGUGAUAACUGUAUGAUGACCAUAAUUCCUUUGUUGAACAUGUUCUACAAGUUUGUAACUUUGUCUCCAGAGGUUUUACAAGAGACUUAUUCUUGGGAAUGCUUUGUGUUUGCCUUGGCUGUUUUUGUGACUAUGACCAACCAGAUUCACAAGUGGUCACACUUUGGACUUCCUUACUGGGUCACCGUAUUGCAAGAUUACCACAUCAUUCUUACAAGAAAGCACCACCGUAUCCAUCACGUGUCUCCCCAUGAGACCUAUUUCUGCAUCACUACAGGUUGGCUGAACUAUCCUUUGGAGAAGAUACAGUUUUGGAAACAUCUAGAAUAUGCUAUUGAAAGACUGACUGGUGAAAAACCUAGAGCAGAUGACAUGAAGUGGGCACAGAAAAUGAAAUGAACUCCUGCCAAUCUUCCAUAAUGCUUAACAUUUGCCAAGUUUCCAAAGCCAUCUGCCAGAUCCAAGAUAUCGGGAUAACAGACUUCAAAGCACAAGCUAACACGUGCUAAAUAAUUAAAACUUGGAGACAAUUAACUUAACUCUUGAUGGGAGCAUAUGUAAUACUUGAACAGGAGGAGAAAACUUUUGCAAUUUAAGCUUCUGUGUUAGGGCCAUAUUUGCAGAACUGCUAAGUAAUAAGUCAUCACUUUUAUGAAUUUCACCAAGGCCGUGACAUGAAUUUUUGACAAUGCACAGAAUCUUGCACUAGGAAAUUGUUAGUUUAAAAGUUCUUAUUUAUUUAUCCAAGUUAGUUUUGUGGUUUUAAAAACAGUAUUUUUUUAAUUUCAGAAGUGUGGCAAAGUAGGAAGAAACUACUUUGCAGUGUCAUCCUAUUAGGUAAAAUUAAAUUGUGUAUAGUUGCAUAAUAAAAUGGCCAUUGUCAUGCCAGCCAGUGUCAACCAAAGGGCCUUUGUACCUUCGAGUCCAGGCUGAAUAGAAGUGAGGCAAGGCUGUGGAGAUCUGGACUGAUUGCUUGCUAAGGGCUAACAGAUGCAUAACAUAAAACCAGCAAUUCACUAUUUAUUUAGUUUGUGGUGUUUGUAAGGUUGCACUUUUUUCUGAAGUUGGGGGAUUACUAACAAGCAUCCAGCAAAACUGGGUUUGGUCAUCUAUCAGAUAAUAUGAAAACCAAGUUCUGUUUUAUUAAACACGUUUAAAUACA